UUACCUAGGGUUUCAACUUCCGGUUCAGGUCCCUCGCACUGAGGUAGACGAGUUGGUGAGCUUUCCGAAACAGAGUCCCGGAGAGGUGAAACACCCAGUUCUUCAAUGGCGACGACUCCGAACACGAAGGACGAAGCUCCCAACACCAUUAAGGUCGUUGAUUCUUCACUCUGGUGGGACUCAUUCUCCGUCUUGCUCACCGAACUCGAAAACAUUUCGCUCUCCUCCGACAUUACUUCUUCUCUGGAAAGGAAAUUGAAAGAAAAUCACCCGUGGUUCCUGGAUGCAAAAUCAUUGUUUAAGCCACCUAAUCAGAAAUCAAGAGAGGCAUUGGAUGCCAGCGCCGUAAAGAUUGAUUCACGACAGAUUACAAUAUGGCCAGAACUCAAAGAGACAGCUCUAAAAAUUAGUUCUAUUCUGUGUUUAGAUGAAGUGCAAUCCUACAUUCUUGUUGAAAGAUCACUCAAACAGAACACUCUUGCCACUGAGGCAAUAAUCCAUGAGCUUCCUCAUUUGGUUAUUCUUCAGUAUUACAUUGAACGGCAGUGUUUAUUGAAGUGCACACGACAGAUUCUUAUGCAUGCUUUAUAUUUUGGAACAAAACCUAAAGAAGGAUCUGGUAUCGUGGAUGAGGCACAUAAGUUAAUAUCUGAUGGACUAGAGACUAAAAUGCUAUCUGUUCUAGAAGACAAUCUGUCCUUGAACUUUCCAGAGCCCAUGGAAAUUGACUUCUACACUUUGUGGGCUGAAGAGAUACUUACUGAGGACAAUCUGAUCUUGGACAUUCUUUUCCUUAUAUAUUAUGAGUUCUGCACUUGCAGUGGUAAACAAUGGAGAAAGUUGUGUUUGCUUUAUGAGGGUUUCAUUUCUAAUUCUCUUAAUUUUGGGAGGUUAGCUAUAUCAGCGGAAUCAUUUUCUUCUAUUUGUCAUGCCAAAGUACAGCUGUUGCUUAUUCUCAUAGAAACUUUGAACUUGGAAAAUCUUCUUCAAAUGGUUCAUGAUGAAAUUCCUUUCAGGCAGGGUUCUGCCACAUUUUCUUUAAAUGAUGUUCAAGAAAUUGAUGCUCUGGUAUCUAAUCUCAAUGUUUUUGAAAAGAAAGAAGCUGGUCCACUGAUUCUAGCAUGGGCAGUAUUUCUUUGUCUUGUAUCCUCACUUCCGGAAAAGGAGGAAAGUAAUGUACUGAUGGAGAUUGAUCAUAUUGGUUAUGUUCGCCAAGCUUUUGAAGCUGCAUCUUUGAGUUAUUUCCUUGAAAUCCUUGAAAGUGACAUACUGAAGGAGGAUUCAGAUGGUCCCAUUGCUGGGUUCCGAAGUGUUUUAAGAACAUUCAUAUCAGCCUUUGUUGCUUCUUAUGAGAUCAAUCUCCAGCUUGAGGACAAUAACCUUCAACUAAUAUUGGAAAUCCUUUGCAAAAUUUAUCGAGGAGAGGAGUCACUAUGUAUCCAGUUUUGGGAUAGAGACAGUUUUGUUGAUGGUCCUAUCCGGUGUCUUCUAUGUAAUUUGGAGGGUGAAUUUCCUUUUAGAACUGGUCAACUGUUGAGGCUUUUAUCAGCACUUUGUGAAGGAGCUUGGCCUGCAGAAUGUGUGUUUAACUUUCUUGAUAAAUCUACUGGAUUGUCAUCUCUUUUUGAGAUAAGUCGUGGCUCACUUGUUGAUGCUGCUUCACAGAGUGUUAAGACAAGUCAGCCAUUGCAUGUUCCUGGUGUUGAAGGUUUGAUCAUUCCUAGUGGAACUCAUGGUCAUGUUUUGAAAAUGGUUGAUAGGAAUAUUGGCCUAGUGAGAUGGGAGUAUUCACAAUCUGGGUUGCUUGUGCUGCUUUUACGGUUAGCCCAAGUGACACACUUGGAUAGUUCUGAUGAAGUCUUUGCUAUUCUUGACUUACUUAGUCGAAUGGUCUCCUUCAAUGUGGCUGUCUGUUAUUCUCUCAUGGACUUCAGCAGAUCUUUUUGCAAUGAACUAUGUUCUCCAAAUGUGCGCUUGGAGGAAGAUUUGCGUGUUAAUGUGGCUGAGAUCAUUUGUGGUUUGAUCAAGAAUUUGCCUCCUAAUUCUACUGGCGUGACUCUGAUGUCCAUGGGUGUUGAUAUUUUGACAAAGAUGCUAAAAUGUUCACCACAUCGUGUCACUACACUGUCAGUGAAGACAAAUAUAUUUGAUGUAGCUUUUAAAACAAAUCCAUUUGAAGUUGGUUCAAAUGGUUUGUCAAGUGGAUCGUGGCUGCUUUCUGGACGACUUGCCAAAAUGCUUCUGAUUGACUGUGAGCAGAACGACUGUCAGCUGACUCUUUCAGUUCUUGAUUUCACCACUGCACUUGUACAGACAGGAGCAGAAAAUGAUAUUGUUCUUGCUCUUGUUAUUUUUUCCAUUCAGUAUGUCCUUGUCAAUCAUGAGUUUUGGAAAUAUAAGGUGAAGCAUGCUCGCUGGAAGGUGUCUCUGAAGGCACUGGAAGUUAUCAAGAACAGCAUCAGGUCUAUAUCAUAUGGUCAAAUACAUGGUGAGGUGAUCAGGGACAUUUUGCUAUGUGAUUCUUCAAUCCACAGUGUUCUCUUUCGGCUUGUUUGUAUGACAGCAGAGGGCUUGGAGAAACUUUAUGUCAGUCGGCUUUAUGAACUAGUGGAUAUUGAAGGACUACAGCAGUCAAUAGUCUUCACUUUGGAUAUUCUUUUCAGUUUGCUGUCUGAUCUCACAAAGGAUUUGCCCAGUCGUCCAGUCCUUCAUCAAGCAGUUAUGUCAUCUGCAACAAAACCUAUUCCUGUGGUUACAGCAGCGAUAUCCUUGAUGUCGUUCUUCAGGAAUCCUAAGAUACAGCUUGCUGCAGCAAGGCUACUGUCUGUGUUAUUUCUUGUUGGUGAUGAUUCAAGCUCUUGUGCAUUUGGCAAUGCAUAUUUUGGUCUGGAUGAAAAGCAGAUUCAUAAUUUUAAGAAUGCUAUUUGUAGUAUUCUUAGCGAACAGGCUGGUUCAAGCGAUGAUCUCAUAGUUGCUACUUUCCAGAUGCUAAGUUCUGCUGCAAAUCAUCAAGCUUCAUUUCUUUCUGCUGUGAUUGCCCUGGGUGAGAAUGACAAAGAUCAGGAACAUGAGUAUCAAUCACAGUCCAAGGAUGCGAAUAUAUUAAAUCACAUUUUGCUAUAUGUAAGGAGAUCUGAGGCCCUUAUGGAGAGCAACCCGGCCAUACUGUAUAAUUUGCUGAACUUCCUGAAGGCACUCUGGCAAGGAGCUGGUCACUAUAGAAAUAUUUUGAAGCAGUUAACAAACUCAGACUUCUGGAGACAAUUGUCUAAUUCUCUCAUGCAAAUUAGAGAAUCCGAAAAUCUAUCCGAAGUGGACCCUCGUGAUGUAGCUUACAUAUAUAAAUGUCAAUCUAGUGUGUUGGACUUGAUGGCUUAUGAGAUGUUCCUACUAAAAAAGACAUUAAAUGCUGACUUGCAUGCAAAGCAGACCUCUCCAUUGCUACACGAUACAGUAGAGAAAACAGUUAGUUCCUUAAUAGAGAGAAGUGAAGAUAAUAUAGUAUAUAUUCUUAAGACCUGGUGCACAAGCUCAUCAUUGGGAAAGCUGAUCAAGUCAUUUGUAUCAGUUGAAUAUGAUGAUUGCACUAAUUUACGUGGCAAGGUUGCGGCUAGCUUGUUUGCUGUGCAUUUAAUGGCUAAAGUAAGAAGCAGUGAUACUGGGAGUUUGUCAAUUUCACUUAUUGAUAAGGUCUCUACCUUGUCACAAAAGUUGAGCAAGUUGCCUGCCUUUUCUGAGCUGAUGGUGUACUAUGGAGAGCGUGGUUACAGUGGAGGGGAAGAAUUGCACAAUUUAAUUCUCAAUGAUCUAUUCUAUCAUUUGCAAGGAGAGCUUGAUGGUAGAGAAAUUAGCCAUGGACCAUAUAAAGAACUGUCACAAUAUUUGAUAGGGUCUAAGUUUUUGCAAACCUAUCGAUGCAAGGGGGAUGAUGACCUGCCACAACCCAACAAUGCCUACUUGUUUGACAUCAACCAUCUAGUAACAGAGAUGGGGAUAGAUAUGUGGAAUUUUUCUGGUUGGAGAUCAUCUAAAGCAAUUGCUGAAGUCUUGCUACUCUGGUUGCGGAAUGUCAAUGCCAUGGCAUUGGUGACUAGUUCCAAACUUGUUGCUAUAAAAUCCUUGAUAACUCUGUUCUCUAUGUUUGAUGAUAAAUCAAGUCAGUUUAAAGCUGCAACUGGUGGGAAGAUUCCUGAGCAAACAAUUUUCUCAAGCAUCAACUAUACAUGCCAAUGUCUGCAAGCCACAAUAGACUUGCUAGCUCCAGCUUCUGAUGCUAGUAAUGAUAUACUUGAUAUUCUUGCAGCUCAAAUAGAUCUGCUCUUCCACUUUGUCAGAUCUAUGACUAGGAGUUUACCUUUACCUACUUUUCUGCUAAUACUAAAAUCUUCGAGUUAUGGCCUUAAAGUAUUGAAUUCUAGGCCAUCAGUUACUGGUUUUACAACAACAACAAAGACUCUGCUUAUGUUGAUUCUUUUUUCAGUCGAGUACUGUUGCAACAAGUCAAAUUGCAGUCUUCCUACUGAAGCUGAUAAUGAAUCUAGUGAAGCCUUAGCUGAGGCUGCGAAUGUCAGCUUGGGACUGUUACCCAUUCUUUGCAAUUGCAUUGAAGUUGCUGAUUAUUGUACCCUCAGUCUGACUAUUAUUGAUGUAGUAGUUAAAAGUUUCUCAACACCUGCAACGUGGUUUCCUAUUAUCACGAAACAUCUCCAGCUGCAACCUGUUGUCCACAAGCUUCUAGAUAGAAAUUUCUCUGCAAAUGUACACAUUAUAUUGAAGUUUCUAUUAACACUUGGAUGUGUGAGAGAAGGUGCUAAGAUGCUAAUGAGUGCUGGAGUUUUUGCAUAUUUACGGGAGUUGCUGACUGACAUUCCUGAUGGUACAUCUUUCUCAAUUGUUCAAAAUGAGUGGAUUCUUUCAGAGGCAUUUAAAAACAAUGAAAAGCAUCAGUCCAUAUGGGGACUUGGCUUGGCAGUUGCCACAACUAUUAUUCACUCUCUGGGAGAAAGUUCAGUAGAUGUUAUUGAUUAUGUGAUGGCUUACCUGAUUGUGGAGAAAGCAAAUACAAUUUAUUAUUAUCUUAGUGCUCCUGAUUUUCCUUCUGAUGAUCGUGAGAAGAAAAGAGCGCGUGCUCUCAAGACAUGUACUUCAUUGUAUGCUCUUAUGGAGACAGAGAAUACACUGACUCUAAUAUGUGUGCUAGCUAGAUAUCGAAAUUCAUGGAUUAAGGUCAUGAAAGAAAUGGAGUCGCAGUUAAGGGAGAGAUGUAUCCAUCUACUGGCUUUCAUUAGCCGGGGAACACUUCACCAUGGGGAAUCAUCUGCAAAAUGUGCUCCCCUCUUGUGUCAUCCGUUCCUUAGGGACGAGCUUGAGUCGCAGAAGAAGCCAUCAUUUAUCAAUAGCAAAAAUGGUUGGUUUGCUCUUUCUCCUCUUGGUUGUGAGCUCAGCACAAAAUUUUCUUCAAGAAUAUCCAGUAUUAGCAAAGGUCAAUCAAAUGAAAUUGUUACUCCUGGUGCUCAGACACAUUUUUCUGACACAGUGGCUGUUCAGAUCUACAGAAUCACAUUUCUUCUUCUUAAGUUCUUAUGUAUACAAGCUGAGGGAGCUGCUGAAAGGGCACAAGACCUAGGUUAUGUUGACCUUGCACAUUUUCCAGAAUUACCAAUGCCUGAUAUCCUACAUGGAUUGCAGAAUCAAGGGAUAUCUAUUGUCGCCGAAUUGUGUGAAGCCAACAAGUUGAAGCAGGUUACCUCUGAGAUACAGGGCGUUUGUGUUUUGCUGUUACAGAUAACAAUAAUGGCAUUGUAUCUGGAAUACUGUGUGAUCCAAAUUUGUGGAAUGAGACCUGUCUUGGGACGAAUGGAGGAUUUCUCAAAGGAAUUCAAGCUCCUGAUAAGAGCAACGGAAGGGCAUGCAUUUCUGAAAGAACAUGUGAAGUCCGUCAAGCAGAUUGUAUCUUUUGUGUAUCCUGAAUUAUUGCAGAGGGAAGACUUUCGAUGACUUGUAUAUAUAGAGUGAAUUGCGUAGGUUAAACAUUUGCAUUUAUAUCCUGCUUUUUUCAAUUACCUUGUAGUUGCUGAAUUAUUUUCAUUAAUCAUUAUAGGAAAAUGGCAUAUUCGAUUGUGCCUGAAAUCCAUUCUCCUGUUCCCCCUUUACAAGGAAUUAACUUAAAUUUGCAAGCUAAGAAUUGUUAUUACACUCUUAAAUGCAAAUAUUUUGAGAAAGGAAUCUUGUCCCGAUGUUGACC